CUGCGAGUUGCUUUGUCUCAUUCACUCAGCUACUCCCAUCACCACACCACCCUUUACGGCUUUACCCUCUGCACUCUACACUUACCUUACAUUUCAACCUCCUUCUGUUAUUUUGACCCCUUUUCACAUUUAAACACUGCAUCACACAUCUUUCUCUUUAUUCAACACAACACCGUUGAACAAUGCUACUUUAGUUCGCCAACCCUGUAGAUCUGAAACACCUGGGAUCUCAGAAAGAACGCAUUUUGAUUUCUGGGUCUUGCUCUUUGGCCUGUUGGGUAAUCGGAAACGCAUUCAUUUUCAAAUGGGGUCAAGUGGCAGCAAAGCCACGUCAUCAUCGUCUUCGGGUAGUUUCAGGAAGGGUCGAUCUAAGGGGCGUAGAGGUUUCCCAUCUUAUUGUUUAGGAACAUCUUCUGGAUCUCGUGACAUUGAUAAUGAUGACCAGGUUUGUGAUCAGAAUAAAGUAAGUGGAAGUGAUGUUACAUACUCUGAUGGGAAUGAAAUUAUAGACUCAGAUGAAGUGAAGACAGAGUCUUUUAGAAAGGUUAAAUCUGAUGAAGUAUCUUGUAUGCCUUCUAACAUUGACCUUGAUGAGUGGAGUCAUGCUGCAUCCAGAACUGGUAGCAGCUCUGCACAUUCUUCUUCAACUCAGUCCAUGAACCCUUCAAGUCGAUUUCUUUCUCGCUUCAGCCUUGUGCCUGGUAAUAUAAGCUUCAGACUUAGCAGAACCACAAGUUUAGGGUCAUCUAGGCCCUGCCCUGUUUCUUCGGGAGGUCUCUCAGUAUUUAACAAUGAAGAUGACCUUAGCGUGCAUCCUGGGCCACCUGCCAGCUUGAUUAAUAGAAAUGAAAUUCAACAAUGUGGUGAAUUGCUUAAUGCGUCUUUUGUUAGUCAAGGGAGGCCUUUACAGUACCAUGAAAAUGCUUCUAAUAAUUUAAGAUCUAAUACUCCUGCAUCGGUUUCGCCGGGCAACUUGCCGAGCAGUCCUACACUUUCUUCUAUACAAGAUGUGGUUGGAGGUGGAGAUGGUACGAGAGCAGUGCCAGAUGUGAACUUUUUUUCUCCUAGAGUUCAUACAGAUACAGAAAAUACUGAGACUAGACAUACUGAUAGACGAAAUGGUGCUCGAGAACCUGUUGAACGUAAUGUUCGUUUUAGCCGAACUUUGAGUGUUGGAAGGCUUCGUGAUAGAGUUCUCCGCCGAUCAGCAGUAUCUGACUUCAGCUUUUGCCCUCUGCAACAAGAGAGAGAAGUGAGAGAUGCUAGUCAAGAUAAUGGCAGACGAGUAGGGGAGAGAGACACACGAGUGUCACCAUCUGGUCGUAAUGUUGCAAAUUCUUCUGCUACAUCUGGAUAUCCUCAACCUAGUAUGUCAAGCUCCUUGUUUGGUAUCCAAGACUAUGAAGUUGAGACUUCACGAUCUAGAGAAACUAGGUAUCAGGAUCUACUGGAACAUAGGUCCAAUUUCAUCGAAAGGAGAAGAAGAAUUCGAUCCCAGGUCCGUGCACUUCAGCGGCUCGGUAGCCGGUUUGAAAAUCUUUCUGGACAUGACAGAUCGUGUAUCUUGUCUGGUCAACAUAGAAAUGGUCGUUGCACAUGCCGAAUCAGUGGUCGUGAUACCAAUUCGAAUGAUGAUACCAAUGCUAGAGCUAGCAUAUCAAGAAUUGUUAUGCUAGCUGAAGCCUUAUUUGAGGUUCUGGAUGAAAUUCACCAGCAAUCUGUAGUUUUAUCUUCUCGCCCUUCUGUGUCAUCUAUCGGUUCUGUUCCUGCACCUACUGAAGUUGUGGAAUCCUUGCCUGUAAAAUUGUAUACAAAGUUGCACAAACAUCAAGAAGAACCUGUACAAUGCUAUAUAUGCCUUGUGGAGUACGAGGAUGGAGACAGCAUGCGAGUUCUGCCUUGUCAUCACGAGUUUCAUACAACAUGUAUAGACAAAUGGCUGAAGGAGAUUCACAGGGUGUGCCCACUAUGUCGAGGGGACAUUUGUAUAUCUGAUUCACUGCCAACGGAGAACUAAAGUUGCAAAUUGUUUAUCAGCAUCAUCUCCUCUGAGACACUCAGCUCCUGAGAGAAGCAUUAAAGUAUUGCCCAUACAAUGAUGUGACACCAUCAGAAGAAGCACAGUCCUUUCUCCUAGUAUUCUCAUUGUUGUCAAUGAUUAUUUACUCCAUUUUCUGAAUAAUCAUAAAACCAUGGUAGAAAUAGACUCAUCUACUAGUUCAAUCUGAAGCUGAGGGUCCAAAAAGAUUCUUGUGAUGUAUGUAGACGUUCUUUUGUUUCCCCCCGCUUGUUCAACAUACAGAGUUUGCAAAAAGAAGGGAAAAAGUAUCGGUCAAAAUGAGUACUUUUCAUCAUUUAUGGAGUUGCAGUUUAACCCAGCAUCUUUGACUGAAUCAUUCUCUUUAUCUGUAGACCAGUCAAUUGUGGUUUUACAACAAUGAACUGUCGUGCAUGCGUGUGAUAAUAUCCUUUCACUUUUCAGAGAAAAAAAAAGAGAAGAGAAACAUUUCAAUAGGAGUGUAAAUUGAAGGAGGCAAAUACUAGUUGUCUCCUACCCGACCUGAAAGACCAACUACACUGCGAUUUACAAUUUGGUCUGCCUCAUGUGCUUACCUGUUCUUCCAAUGUAUAAUCAUGAUGCAAGGGUGGCUAUGGGAUGAUUUUCCAGAGUUUUGGAUAACUCAUGAUUAACUUAUCUUGACUGAUCAGUGAAAUAUGUUAAUAUUUAACUUUAUUAAAAAUUUUAUGAUCAUAUAUGUAGAUGCAGAAACCUUCUACAUUCUCCAAGCGGUGUAGAUACUCAGUGUGCACAGCCUUGUUAGAUCACUAAUAAUAACAAUAAUUAUUACU